ACUGUCUCUAAUACCUUAAAGCAUUGCUGAAGCUUUCCACGUGUCUAAAGCUCUGUUUUGGCGGUAAAAUUUGUGAUCGCGUGACUUUCGGCAGCUUCUAUGUAAUGACGUGAGUAACUUUAAUUCGUAUUUGAAAUAUAAAAAUAUGAAGGACAUUAAGGACGUUGGAUUUAUGUGGAUUUUUAUGCUGCAAGCACAUUUCGCAUAUGGAAUUUAUUUCACAAUGUCCGAUAUAAAAUUGACGAUUCCUUCAGCCAUAGGAAAUUCGAUGGAGCGUGUUCAUGAUCACCCUAUAUUCAAUCUGAGUUCCAUAACAGUCGACUGGAAUAAGCAAAGCCGUUUAAUUUAUAGUCUCAUUUCCGUAACUGAAAUUGAUGCGUAUAUUAGAAUCAACGAAUCUACCGGAGGGAUUUUUCUUAAUACGACUUUUUUUCACAGAAUUCACAAUAUAGAUAAAAUUUCGAUAGCGGCAACUGUGGAGGACACUACUAACUACGAUUCAGAUAAUAUGACGUUGGAAUUGGAUAUAUCGCCUUUCAGAGAAUUUGAUUGUAAUAAAUACGUGAAAGAAAUAUGUUUUUGGGAACAAGCGACUUAUAAGAUAGAAAGAAAACAUGUUGGCGUUCCGGUAGGACCAUUGUCUUCCCUUCGUUUACAGGAAAUGUGUCCUUAUACUGUUAAUUAUACCACAAAAGGAGACGCCCUCGUGCAACUUAUACCACCUACUGCUGACGCCAACUAUUGGUCAGUAGCGUUUUCAGGAAAAACUAGAAAAAACAAGAAUCAUGUAAAAUCUCGAGUGAGUUGUACAGUAGAAACUGUUGCUGGAUUGGAGAAGGGAACCAUUCGAACAAUAUCUAAAGAAAUUGAAAUUUCAUUAUUUACUAUUGAUAGAUAUCCUCCUAGACCGCAACGAACCAACAUAACCAUUGAACUUUAUAAGAAAAGUUUUUUAAAGGGUGAAAUAAUUGAUGAUGGUCGCUUAAUAUUUAUGGAUGAUGAUCCAGAAAGUGUGAAUAACUAUGAAGCACGUAUAGAGCACAGAAAUGGUAAACAAUUCAUCACCCCAAUUUGUCAAAAAGAAGAGUUCACUCCACAAAAUACGUAUAUACAUUGUAGGUUACAGCUGGAAGAAAAUAUAACUUUCAGUUCGUCUAGGUAUUCAUUUAAGGUAGUUUUGAAUGAUACUUCGUUGAAGAAUAAAAAGAUAAAAUCUACAGCUGAAUUUCCGAUUGACAUUGUUUUCAAAAACAAACCGCAGUCACUAACAUUGCUUAAAUUGUAUCCAAGCCAAGCGAAAAUUUUCAGAACUGCCGCACCAUUAGCAAGAGUAAGUCAACCAACAGUUAUACAUAAUUGUACAAAUUUCACUUUUAAAGUUGAUUCGAAAUUCAGGGGUAUUUUUAACGUGACGAAAACUGAAGGAAUCGUUUAUGUGAACGAUUUUUCUAAAUUAAGACAAGUGAAAACGCAAUCAAUAAGUUUAAAUAUUUCUUGGACAAACGGAAACAAGCAAGAACAGGAUGAUAUUACGAUACGAAUAAUUAAUGAGCCAAAUCAAACUUGUACCGGUAUGAAUCACUUCAAUAAUUGGACAUAUUGCUCUGAAAUUGAUAAUAUUGAGGACUGUCUUCGAUCAGAUUCAUGUGCAUUGGGUACCGGCGGAUAUGCUAGCGUCGAAACAAGGAAAGCCCCAGAACGUUGUAUGUGGAGAGGUGACGAAGUCACCACCGAAAAAAGUCAUCUGUAUUCAACAUGUACUCCAGAUAUAAAAACUUGUCCUGAUGGCAUAUGCGAUUCAUUAGAACAAUUGAGGUCCAUGAUAUGCCCGCAGGAUUGUGUAGGAACUGUUACAAUUCCGCUUCGUUUAGGCAAAAGUGGACGUGGUGUGGACGAAGCAGCAGGAAUUGUAUACUGCAGUACACUUUCGUGUAGUGUGCAUCUUCCGGGUAAAUACAAUCGAAAACAACAUCGAACAGAUGAGAAAGGAAAUAAAAUCGAGAGGGACAAACAGAAACAGAAACAUAUUAAAAGUUCUGAUUCUGUUCAUACAAAUAGUAUCAAACAGAAUAUUACACUGGCUGCAAUAGUGAACCCCAAAUGUGGUUUUACAUGCAUAGCCGGUAUAGUAGCAGGUUCGUUAUUCUUCAUAUGCUCAACAAUCUUGAUAAUAAUUUGUUGGCGUGUGAGGAAAACUAGGAAAUCGACACGACAUUUGAAUGAAAAAGAUAGCCAGGAAUUGACAGCUCCUCUUUCCAUUUCUGGAACAAGAAAUGACGCAGGACAACCCUUAGCGUUCAAUUUUCAAUUAACUACAAUAACUAACGAUACGACGUUUAUAAAUACCGUUAUGAAUAAGUAUUCGCCGGAUCCCAAAUGGGAAUUUCCCAGAUCGCAGCUUAUCAUCGAGCAGACUUUGGGAGAAGGAGAAUUCGGCAAAGUUCUGAGAGCAAAAGCAUUGAAUAUCGCCGGAAGACCAGGGUACACCACAGUAGCUGUUAAAACUUUGAAAAACGAUGCAAGAGAAUCUGAACUUAGUGACCUGUUGUCGGAAUAUCAACUCCUCAAAGAAGUCUCACAUCCUAACGUAAUACGUUUACUCGGAGUAUGCACUGCAGCUGGAGGACCAGUGUACCUCAUAAUAGAAUAUGCAGAAUUCGGUUCAUUAAGAAAUUAUUUGAGGAGAACAAGACACGUUCAAAACAACUCGACUUCAUCUUUAUCAUUACAAAAAGAGAGCCUCGCUUGUCAUUACGACGAGCCCAAAAUAAGUAAUGUAACACCAAAAGAUCUGUUAUCUUUCGCUUGGCAAAUAUGUAAUGGAAUGGCUUUUCUAACCGAUAUGAAAUUGGUUCAUCGAGAUCUAGCUGCAAGAAAUGUACUAUUAGCUGAAGAUAAAGUGUGUAAAAUAUCAGAUUUUGGUUUAACAAGAGACGUUUACGAAGAUAACGCAUAUUUGAAACGAAGCAAAGGCCGAGUUCCUGUGAAAUGGAUGGCACCGGAAUCUCUCGCAGAUCAUAUAUACACAUCAAAAUCAGAUGUCUGGAGCUUCGGUAUAUUGAUAUGGGAACUAGUAACUCUGGGAGCGACACCUUAUCCUGGUAUUGCCGUUCAGAAUUUGUUCCAUCUCCUUCGUCAAGGUUAUCGAAUGGAACGACCAGAUAAUUGUGCUCCAGCUCUAUAUAAGGUGAUGAGGAAAUGUUGGCAUAUAGAUCCUGAUCAAAGACCUUCUUUUCACGAGCUGAGCAAAUGGUUUGAGAAGCUACUAGAGGACAAAAUGGAAUAUAUAAAUCUUUCAAAUAAUGCAAUAUACAAUAGAGGGUAUUUCAUUUCCCCAUUUGAAGAAGAUGAAGAAAAUAACUUCGAUGAAGACGAUUCGUCGGAUAUAAGUCCCUUGAACCUUCUAUCGAGAACUCAGUCUCUAGAAAAAUGCGAAAUAAGAGAGAAAAUAUUGAAUGAAGAAUUGGAAAAAAUGACUGAUGAUAAGAUAUCAAAUACUCAAGGCUACGAAACUCCAGUUAAAAUACCGAGACGGGUGAAAACUCCCAGCAAUGAAGAUCCCCAAGAGUAUACCGAGAUGGGAGGAAAAUGAAGAAUUGCGAUAUAAAUUAUGUGUACAGGAUGUAAUUACCCCGUUAGAAUUUGAAGAAAUGUUUCAAGUUAUUCGAAUGGGAAUUGGAAUAUUGCUUCUAAUAUUAAAGAGAAAUAUAGAAUAGAUUUAAAAAAAUUAUAUUUUUCAAUAUUAUUGUGGAAUUUUGUUCAUUGAAUUUCAAUAUAAAAAUUUAUCACUUUCUCUUCUAUAUAAGCCUGCAAAAAAUUUUUUAAACAGUAUUUGUCAUGUUAACCCAUUAAUGCCUAAAAAUAUUUAUUUACUCAAAAUGGUUUUGAAAUUUGAUCAUCAAUAUUAAGUAACUAAAAUCACUUCUGGUUAUUUAUACUAAGCCGAAUCGGUUCAAUAAUUUUAGACUAUUUAGGAUUAAAU